AUAUAGGUUGACAUGUAAAAAGCAAUUAUUUCUUGGAUCAUUCGCUGUUUUCCAUCUCUAGUCAAGUAUAUUUAAAUGACACAAAACUGUUACUAAGUGUGUUAUCAAACGAGAAAUUAAAAUGUUAUAAGUUAGCUGCAUAUUCAGUAUUGAAUAUCUGUGUAAAGUGAUUAUUGCUGAAGUUUGCAGUUUUCUUUCCUCGGCUUCGGAGUUGCAAGCAGCUAUAAAUCAUUGUCAUGAUUCAGUAAUGAUUGAAACUUUUCAUACUCUGUGCAUAUCCUCAAAAAUGGGAUAAUAUUCCCAAAUGGAUUCUCUAUUGCAGGGCUUCGAGAUUGAGAAAACCAGAAAUGGACGCAGAUGUAUACAAAAAUCUCAGCGCAAGUUGAUUCCUAGUUAGAUAAUAUAGUUAGCAAAGAUAUCUUAGCACAUGGAUGUGUGCUAACCAGUCUAGUCAAAGGAGUAACAUCACCAUUCAAAUCAUCAGUUUAGCAUUAAUACUACAUCACUGUAGUCAAUUUAUAACAUGCGGAGAAAUUUAAAGAUUUUUCUGAUACUAGCGAUAACUUGGAUACUGGUAGCAGUGUACUACUUCGAAGGAAGCUACAAAAGUCGUAACCGAGCGUUGCGAUUACGAGGUGACCAUCAAACACCUGCCGUUACCCCGCAGUCACUUUCUGCGGAAUGGCUGUCGCAUAUGUAUAGUCCGUCGACCUCAUCUAAGCAGAAUGUUGCUUCAAACUCCCUACUGCAUAUGUCCUCACCUCGGCACACAUGGGACUAUUUUGAUGAAAUGGUAUACAUACAGAAGGGUAGCCUGCAGCAAGGCGAGGAUCCGUACUUACGGAAUCGUUUCAAUCAGCAAGCAAGUGAUAAUUUGAAAAGCAAUCGAGAACUUCCAGACACCAGAAAUCCCAUGUGCCGAAAAAAAUGGCCAAGCGACCUAUCACCAACAAGUGUGAUCAUAACCUUCCAUAAUGAGGCACGAAGUACCCUCUUACGGACAAUCGUUAGUGUCUUAAACAGAUCUCCGGAACAUUUAAUACACGAGAUUAUCCUAGUGGAUGAUUAUUCUGACUUCCCGGAGGAUGGUCAGGAGCUGGCAAAAAUCCAUAAAAUCAAAGUGAUUAGAAACGAGCAACGUGAAGGAUUGGUGCGAUCCCGUGUUAGGGGAGCAGAUGCAGCUACUGCUCCCGUUCUUACAUUUCUCGAUAGUCAUUGUGAGUGCAAUGUAGACUGGUUAGAACCGUUGUUGAUUAGGGUGAAAGAAGACCCUACGCGCGUAGUAUGUCCUGUGAUCGACGUUAUUAGUAUGGAUACCUUCCAGUACAUAGGAGCAUCAGCAGAUCUUCGGGGUGGGUUUGACUGGAACUUGGUGUUUAAAUGGGAAUAUUUGAGUAACACAGAAAGACACGAGCGACAAAAAGAUCCAACCACUCCUAUUAGAACGCCAAUGAUCGCUGGAGGCCUGUUUGUGAUAGAUAAGGCCUACUUUGAAAAGUUGGGCAAAUAUGAUACUCAGAUGGAUAUAUGGGGAGGUGAAAACUUAGAAAUCAGCUUUCGAGUAUGGCAGUGUGGUGGUAGUCUCGAGAUUAUUCCAUGUAGUAGGGUAGGCCACGUCUUUCGUAAAAGACAUCCGUAUACAUUUCCUGGAGGAGGUAGUGGUAAUAUUUUUGCCAAGAACACGAGACGCGCUGCAGAAGUGUGGAUGGAUGACUACAAACAGUAUUACUAUGCUGCAGUUCCUUUGGCGAAGAAUAUUCCAUUCGGAAAUAUCGAAGAACGGCUAGAGCUGAAAGAGAGGCUCCAAUGUAAGCCAUUUAAAUGGUACUUGGCUAACGUGUACCCUCAGCUUUCAAUACCAGAACAGCAAACUAAAGGUAGCUUACGGCAAGGGCCGUAUUGUAUGGAUACAUUGGGCCACCUGGUAGAUGGAAUUGUUGGACUGUAUCAAUGUCACGACAGUGGCGGUAACCAAGAUUGGGCUAUCACGAAAAAGGGACAAAUCAAACAUCUGGAUCUUUGCCUAACGCUAUUGAAUUUCGCUGUGCGAUCACGUUUCAAUACGGUAGUAUUAAAAUACUGUGAUGAAUCUGUUAAUCAGCAGUGGCACAAAAGAGACGGCGGACUAAUUCAGCAUAGUAAAAUAAAUGUUUGUCUAGACUCUCGUUAUGUAAAGGAGAAAGGCAUCACUGCAGAGCGGUGCAAUUCGGCUCUUGAAACGCAGCAUUGGAGGCUAAUCACCAAGUGAAGCCAGAAAACACAGCAACCAAAAUAUAAGCUGGUACAACUAUCUCCCCUUGGAUGUGUUUCUUAUUAUUGUUUGGCUACUGAAAGUUAAGAUAUAUAGAGUUAAUUACGAAUGUGAAAAAGCUAGCUACAAAUACUUAAUGAUCAAUUAAAAUAUAUGAAAUUGCUUCAAUGCGCAAUGAUAGCAACGUGAUUGUACAUUCCAAGUAAUGAUUAGUUUUUACUACCAUCCAAAAUAAAAAAUCUUUAAGAGAA